GUGCAUACCAUUCGAACCGGCAACUGAAAAUGAGAUCGUUCCGUAACUACAGUACACAGACUAUACCAACGGGAAACGUGGUCACGCAAUAAAUAACGAAACUAUCGAACAUAAUCAUGAUCCUGUUUUAAACAUUUUAUGAUUGGUUAAUAAUGUUCUUUAUUUCAUGUAUAAGAUUAUAAAGGUUCAAAACUUGUUGUUUACCAGUAAAAUUUUAUUUAUUCUGAAUUACAAAUGUUGUAAACUAAUUACGUGUAAAUAAUAGAAGUGCUACGCAAACGAAAAUCAAUUCAGAUAACCAGGAAAGAAAUAAUUUACUCUGGUGCAUAGAUUUUAUUGAAACACUGUCAAAAUGCCGUUUAUGAUCGGUGCAGCACCUAUACGAAGAACAUUACCAUACUUAAGAGCUGGCAGAUUAAUUUUAUUAGAUGCAAUACAAAUAUUUUCAAUCAAUUAUAACACACAUGGAGAACAUCAUCAAGGAGCUAGAGAGUUUGUAUUCUGGAAUGUACCACAAAUUCAGUAUAAAAAUCCAGAAGUGCAAGUGAUCACAUUUAAAAAUUUAACACCAACGCCUUUUAUAAAAUGUUAUUAUGAUGAUGGAAAAACCAUGUUAAUAGAUGUAGAUGGAAAAUCCAAGGAAGAUAUAUUAUAUCAUCUUAUAAAAGUAGUUGGUAAAACAACUGAAAAUUUGCAAAAAGAAGAACAAAUUAGAAAUUUAAGGGAUAAUCCUGCAUAUUUUGGUUAUGGUUGUGAAAGAAGUUGUAUAUGCGUGAUUCCAGGUCAAGUACCAUGUCCUGGUACAGUACCUUUACCAUUUCAUAUGCGUGGGAAACAUCAAUGUAACAAAAAUAAAGAAUCAUAAAAUAAUUUUGUGCAUUGUACUGUAAACAUAUUAUAAUUAAUAAAUAUAACUAUCGUUUAUUA